CAAAAAAUAAUAAUCAGACAUUAAGAUAUGUUGGAGUGAUUGAUCCUAUUGGUGGUGAAAGUGGAGUCAAGUUGGUUAGUGAUAAUAUUAUUGCAUUUACAACCCAGAGGUUCCCUAACCCUUUGAUUAUUCAAGGAGCUGGUGCUGGAGCUGCUGUUACAGCCUUUGGAGUAUUUUCCGAUAUUUUGAAAAUUGCGGAUAGACUUGAAUCAUAA